AUGAAACAAAUAUUCAAUAUACGUGGACAUGCUAUUAGGUUCAGCCCCAACAUUGGAAUUAUUUACAACUGGGAGGUAGCCUAUCAACAAGAAUCACCCAGAAGAAACAUCAAAUAUUCACUGCACAAGUUGACAUUGACCUCACGAGAUUUUUUGAAAUCGAAGAAGGGCCUGCGAGACAUUUACUGUCACCAGAAGAACAAGCAGCUGAAGGUCACUUCCGGGAACAUCACAACAGAAGGAAUGACGGGCGUUAUAUUGUGUCCUUGCCUUUCAAAAUUUCAUCCACCUACGUUGGGUGAGUCCAAAGACAUGGCUUUGAAACGGUUCAACUUUCUGGAAAGAAAACUCAAUAAGGACGCCAAUCUCAAAAAACAAUAUCACGCUGUGAUUGCAGAAUAUCUCUCACUUGAACAUAUGUCCAAGGCGACAGACACCUCAUCUCUUAGUUUUUAUCUACCACAUCAUGCAGUUAUUAAAGAGAACCGCCUGACAACGAAGGUGAGGGUUGUGUUUGAUGGAUCUUCCAAAACUUCUAACGGAAUCUCCCUCAAUGAAACCCUCAUGGUUGGGCCCACCAUACAAGACCAUUUAUUCUCCCUAAUCAUUCAAUUCAGAAGUCACCAAUACGUCUUAACAAGAGACACUGAAAAAAUGUAUCGUCAAUUUCUUGUCCAUCCCUAUGAUCGUAAAUAUCAGCGAAUUCUCUGGCGAGACGAAAAUGAUGAAAUCACAACUUACCAACUCAACACUGUGACAUUUGGAUUAUCAGCAGCUCCAUUUCUGGCAAUCAGAUGUCUUCAACAAUUGGCUCGGGACGAGUCAAAAAAUUUUCCCAUCGCAUCAGGUAUUCAUCUGAAAGAUCUGGAUGUCGAUGAUCUAUUAACUGGUUUCGAUUCAGUUGAGGAUGCUCGACACGUUCAGGCAGAAAUCACACAAUUAUUAUCAACGGGAGGUUUGAACAUUCGACAGUGGGCUUCAAAUGAAGACAAAAUACUCCAAGGUUUAUCACCUGAACAUAUUAAUCAACAUUUACAACUCUACAACGACACAACAAUAAAAACUUUAGGCAUUUCAUGGGACUCUAAACUUGAUGCAAUCAAAUACAAAACUAAACCAAUCAAUUUAAACAACGCAAUCACAAAACGUACAAUUUUAUCAAUAGUAGCUUCAAUUUUGGAUACAUUGGGACUACUCGGGCGCGUGAUUUUGAAAGCAAAAAAUAUUAUCCAACAACUCUGGGCUGCAAAGGUUGACUGGGAUGAAUCGGUACCACUAGCUAUCCAAACACUUUGGAUAGAUUUGUGUUCUGAAUUACCCCUAGUCAAUGAGCUUGAAUUCCAUAGAAAAGUCAUAAUAAAAGAUCCUCAAGAAAUACAAAUAGACGGGUUUUGUGAAGGCAGUAAUGUGGGUUAUGGAGCCUGCAUUUACUUAAAAUCUAUCAAUAAUCAAGGCUUGAGUCAAAUCAAUCUGUUGUGUUCUAAAUCUCAAGUAGCACCAAUCAAAACCCCAGUUCGAAUACCACGCCUCGAACUGUGUGGAGCACAUACGCUCACCAUGCUAUAUGAGUCAGUCAAAAAAUCAAUCAACCUUCCUAUAUCCAAAACGAUACUCUGGACGGACUCCACAAUCACCAUUCACUGGAUCCAUACUCCGCCUCACACCUUGAAAACCUUUGUCCAAAAUCGAGUGGCAGACAUACAACAGAAAACAAUGAAUUCGAAUGAGAACUGUGAAUGGAAAGAUGUGCCAUCAGGUGACAAUCCUGCUGAUGCAUUAUCUAGAGGUCAAUUGCCAUCCGAAUUCAUGAAAGACAAACUCUGGUUGAACGGUCCUCACUGGUUAAAACAGACACCAGAGCACUGGCCACAGUAA